CAUAUCACGUGAAUAAAAUAUUUCUUUUCUCAGCGUCUCUGGUGUUUACAGGCGCUCUGUUGCGCUCCAGCGUGCUGCAGGGCCGUUAGUAUUGUUGGGCAGAGUGAUUGUGGUUUUCUGUACAAUCUCCCGUGACCAAUGAGCGGGGUGCUGUCAGGGGUAACCACAUCUGUCAACCGUUCUCGGCCAAUAAAGAGCGGAGCGAGGCGGACCACAGGUGCGCGCCUCUGCGUCCCCUUGGCACAGCGCCUGGGAGAUGCUGGAGAGAGACGUGGAGCUUCCCCGUGGCGCAAAAGAGUUCCUGUCAAAGGCGACCUCCUCUUAACUCCUGCUGUCACUUGGGCUCCGCUCUUGAUGGCGACUGCGACGUCCAAACACUACAGCGUCCUCACGACCCCCAGCAGCGCGCCACCGCCGCCGCCGCCGCACUCGGAGUCCGGCAGUAUGCAGCAGGCGGCUGCGUACAGGGACGCGCACACUCUGCUCCAGAACGACUACAGCACGUUAUUGAGCGCUGGGCAUCCGCUCAGCCACGCGCACCAGUGGAUAACGGCGCUGUCUCACGGUGACAGCGGGACGCCUUGGCCGUCCAGUCCCCUCGGAGAGCAGGACGUGAAGCCCGUCCUGCAUGACGGCGAUCGCGAGGAGCUGCAGAACUCCAGCAGUCUGCAGCAGCAGCAACAGCGACACCCUCACCUAACGCACCAGCAGGCGCAUCACGACGCCAGAGCAUGGCGAACCAGCACGGCCAGCACGCACAUCCCCGCCAUGGCGACGUCUGAGAGCCAGAGUCUGGUCUAUUCCCAGUCCGGCUUCGGUCUGAUGCCGGCGGGAGAGCAAGGCGGGAUGCACCACCACCCCCUGCGUGAUGAGGAGCACCACAGCCACAGCCCGCACCUCAGCGAGCACGGAGGCGGCCCCGGGGCCCACCAGCAGCCUCUCACGCACCACCACCAGCAGCACGGGGGACACCAGGACCAGUCGGACGAGGACACGCCGACCUCCGACGAGUUGGAGCAGUUCGCCAAGCAGUUCAAGCAGCGGCGCAUCAAACUGGGCUUCACCCAGGCGGACGUGGGACUCGCUCUGGGAACCCUGUACGGGAACGUCUUCUCCCAAACCACCAUCUGCAGGUUCGAGGCGCUUCAGCUCAGCUUCAAAAACAUGUGCAAACUCAAGCCGCUGCUGAACAAGUGGCUGGAGGAGGCGGACUCCACGUCGGGGAGCCCCACCAGCCUGGAUAAAAUCGCGGCGCAGGGACGCAAGAGGAAAAAGAGGACCUCCAUCGAAGUGGGCGUCAAAGGGGCUCUGGAGAGCCAUUUUCUCAAAUGUCCAAAACCGGGUGCAGCGGAGAUCAACUCGCUGGCGGACAGCUUGCAGCUGGAGAAGGAGGUGGUGAGGGUUUGGUUUUGUAACAGGAGGCAGAAGGAGAAGAGGAUGACCCCCGCUGGGGGACAGGUACCGGGAGAGGACAUGUACGGGGACACCCCUCCUCAUCACGGAGGACAAACUCCUGUGCAGUGACCUCCUCCCCUCGCACACACACACGCACACAC